GUCAUCCUGCCCCCAAAGACGGCGGCGCCGGCCCGGGGGGACGAGCAGCGCAGCAGCCGCAGGGAGCGCGGCGCGGAGCCGUCUGGGCCGCCGCAGCGGGGCGGCAGGAGCAGCAGCAGGGGCGGCGGCAGGGGGAGCGGCGGCAGGAGCAGCAGCAGAGGCGGCGGCGGCAGGGGCGGCGGCAGGGGCGGCGGCAGGGGCGGCCGGGGCAGCGGCGGUGGCGGCAGCAGGGGGGGCAGCGGGUACGCUUAUGGCGGCGGCGGCGGCAGGAGCGGCGGCGGAAGGGACGGCGGCGGCGGCGGCGGGCGCGGAGGCGGCAGGUCUGGCGGCGGCCGUGGGGGCUCUUCGCGCGGCGGCAGGGGGGGCGGCGGCCGGCGGUAG